AUGGAAGCGAAAUCAAAUAAAACUUAUAUUCAUAAACCAAAGUCAAAACUGCUGCCCCUACAUACAUAUUUUAAAGAAAAUAUGAAAAGAUUUUUAAUUGAAACCUCUUUGAAUGGCUUAAAAUAUAUAAUAGAUGUACAUCGUAAUAUAUGGGAAAGGGGUUAUUAUUUGAUAUCAUUUUCUAUUGUAUUUACUGCUGGCUUAUAUAUGGCUAUAUAUUUUUUACAAAAAUGGCAAAAUACUCCGGUUAUUAUAAGCAUGAGUUCCAAAGCCACUUCUAUACAGGAUGUUCCAUUUCCGGCCGUAACAUUUUGUAAUAUGAAUCAGGCAUUAGCCAGUAGAGUUGAUGAUAUAGAACCAGACACCCCGGACUAUGCCAUGCUGCAGAAGAUCUGUUUUCAACAUUAUAAUUAUUCACGCUAUAAGGACUUUAAGCCCCGAUUUAAAGGAGAUAAUUUGGUGCGUUUUAUCUUAAAGAAUACCCAAAGUUGUAGUGACAUGAUUAUUUAUUGCAAAUUUGGCCCGAAUGAAGAAACCUGUACCGAUCUAUUUCGGGAAAUUCUCUUAGAUGAGGGUAUUUGUUGUGUCUUUAAUCAGUUACAUCCAUUUUAUCUGUAUAAAGGAGAAUAUGAGUUUAUACGAGACUAUACUUCUUCUAACGGUCGUACCAGUAUUCCGGUAAAUUGGAACUUAGAAGAUGGUUAUGAGGAUGGUGAUGAUUUACCAAAAAGUUAUUAUCCCAGAAAAGCCGCAGGUUCCGGAGUAUCAAUGGGGCUUACAGUGGUGUUGAAUGCAGAACUAGAUGAGUACUAUUGUUCUUCAACAAAUGGACCAGGAUUUAAGAUGUUACUCUACAAUCCCGUCGAUGCUCCCCACAUGAGAGACACCGGUUUGCCUAUAAUGUUGGGUCAUCAAACCCGUGUACGUAUUAAUCCCAAACGCAUGGAAUCUUUAUCUUCGCUACGCAGUACCAAUCCCAAAGAUCGUCAGUGUUACUUUUCGAGUGAGAAGAAUCUACUCUAUUUUAAGUACUAUACUAGACGUAAUUGUGAAAUGGAGUGUGAUUCAAAACAAAUGUUUAGACGUUGCAAUUGUGUACCCUAUCAUAUGCCGAAAAUAUAUGCCAAUGCCACAACCUGUUUUCUCAAUCAAAUGGAUUGUGUGGUGGAAACUGAACGUUUGAUCUUGGAUCCAAGUAAUUUAAAAUGUAAAGAAGAUUGUUUAUCGGGUUGCCAUGAUUUAAGUUAUUACCCGGAUAUGUUUGUAACACCUUUGGCCUCUAGAGAUUUUAAUUUACAAGAUCCCUUUUUUCGUAAUAUUUCUAAGGAAGUAAUGCAUAAGAAUUUAGCUCUCGUGCAGAUAUAUUAUAGAGAUAACUUCUUUCGCGGUAAUACUAAGGUACCCUAUACAGGAUUUACGGAAUUCUUAUCUCAAACUGGUGGUGUUAUGAGUUUAAUGGUGGGUUUCAGUGUCAUUUCUAUAGCUGAGAUGUUUUACUUUAUAUUCCUUAAACCUUUUUUCGAUAUGUUUAAGAGAAGAAAUCCUUUGCUGUUGGAGAGCAAGGAUAAUGUUCAAAAUGUAGUAACAAAAAAUAAUUUAAAUCAACAAAUGUUAUUUAAACGCCGCAAAAACUUAAACAAUCGUGUUAUGAAUUGGAAUAGUAAUGAAUUGAAAAAAUAUCACAUUAACGCAAUUGCAUAA